AAGAGAAUGAAGCUGCUGAUGCCAAUAAUAGAUGGAGCCUGAGGACAAUGUUUUGGAAAAGUAUGAGAGGGUUCUUGGAGAGAAGAGAAAGACUCUGGCUGCACUGAAGAUUAAGGAGAAAAAGGUUGACUUGGACAAAGAGUUGAAGUCCAUACAGCAGCUCACCAGCAAGAAGACAAAUGAUGAAAUCGUUAUCAAGCUGGUGAUUAACUUACACUUUAUACUUAUAAUACUUCAUUUUUUACAAGAAUUUCCUAACCAUCCUGCGACACUGCAAUUGAUUGUGAGGGUUCUGAAAAGGAUAAAUGCAAGGAAGCUACUGAGAAGGAGGAAGCGCACAAGUAAAGGAUCAAAGUAUCAAACAACCAACUCUUUGGUAAAGAAGAAAAGGAAGAAGAAGAAGAAGAUCAUCAAUGGAGGGCAAAACCUUUCAACUGCUUUUCUACUCGCGGCAGGUUGACUCAACCAACAGUCGUCGUGGCUUCAAAUCCUCUA